GAGAUUGCCACACUUGGUAAGUCAUGUUGCCCAAAUGACUUUCUUGGGGAGCUUCCGAGUGACUUGACCUCUGUUGCCAUAAAGCCAGAUUCCAAUCUGCUCUUCUCAUUUUGAUUCCAGAUGUUCACCAGGUGCUAACCAAAGAUUAUCUCCUGCCAUUGGGAUUUUGAGUAAUUUUUAUUCUUUUUUUUCGUAAUUGAUCCAAUGUUUUACAUUAAACAUAUAUUGAUUUGAAUUUGGAGAAAAUAUCAAUAAAAAAUGAUUCCUAUUUGGAGAAAAAUGUGGCCCAGUCCACAGUCCUGGAUCUAGGUCAGAAUCCCAGGACACUGAUGUCAAAACUUCCUCACCAUUUCCCUGCAACCCUUACCAAGGAGCUGGUGUUUCAUGUGAAGUUGUAGAGGUAAACAGGUCCCAUUCAGAGAGGACAAUAGUUGUAGGUGGAGUGUCACCUGAAAGCAGUGACCAACUUUGCCUUGCCUUAGAGGAUGCACAUUCUGGCCUCAUCUAGCUCCCACAAAUAUUGUAUUUUCUUCUUGACUUUGGAGAAAACCUUGAAGUCUCAGGAGUUGUGAAGCUGAGUUCUUCUGCACCACCCCCCCAAAAAAAGCCUCAGAACUACACCUCCAGUAAAGAGAAAUUCCAGCCCUCAUCUUCUGUUAAACAAAAAGACUCUGAAGGACAUAGCACUCCAAACAUGAGUGGAUAAACAAAAGAAGCUCCUCCAAUUUUACCUGGAAACCCAGACAGGAGAGCUCCUCCAGGCCCCAGCACCAUGCGUCAUUGCCUAUGGAAAUAUAUCAUAGUUGUUGUGUCCUUAAUCUUCCUGAGCUUCUUCCUCCAAGAGAAUAAUGAAGAGCAUCUUACAUAUAACUUAUCAUUGCAGGAGGAAAAGAAGAAAAUACUGUGGCAGCUCAAUCAGGACCAAAUGAUCUCUGAGAGCAGAAGCCAUCUAGAGAACUUCAAGGACAUGCAGAAAGCCUCCCCUUUACUCCAACAGGCCAAGUACAAAUUGCUAGCUGGAUCCCCUCCCCAGGAAAAGAAACUGCUGACCAUAGGGAUUUCCUCAGAGCAACACCCUAAUGGGAGCUACCUCUUGGACACCCUGCGGUCCCUGUUCCAAGCUUCCUCAGAACACGAGCUGAAUUGUAUCGUGGUGCUGGUCCACCUGUCAGAUCCCGACCCCGAAUGGCUCAGACGAACAGUUGCCAAUAUUUCAGACCUCUUCAAACCACAUAUUGAGGCCCAGAAGCUGCUCGUGAUCCACGGUCGUCUCGGUGACUCUCCUCUCCCAGGGGAUCGGGAUAAUGUUAGUCGCACCUCACGCUGUGAAGCGCAUUAUUCCAGGCAGAAAGUCCAUUAUGCCCUCCUCAUGAACUUUGCUAUCAACCUCUCUGAAUACUUUCUGAUGAUGGAAGAUUAUGUUUACUGCACUUCCAAAUUUAUUUCUACCAUCUAUUGGGCAUUAUCAGCCUGGAAAGAACUACCUUGGGCGAUCCUGGAGUUCUCCAGCCUAAGCCUCUCUGGGAAAGUUUUCCACACCAGUGACCUCUCCCACCUGGCCUCUCUCUUUCUCCUUUUCCAUAAGGAUAUUCCCAUUUACUUGUUUCUCUCUGAAUUCCGCCUUCUCUUGGCCCAGAGUGUUCCAAUUCGUUUCAGUCCCUCAGUCUUCUUCCACAUAGGCAAGUAUCCUGCGUUUGAGGACACAUGCUUUCCUGUGGAGAAGGAGAAGGUGUUUGGUGAACCAGACAACCCCCUUGCCAGCGUCCUCACUGACAUGAUAGCAGAAAUGAAUGGUAUUCCACAAUACGCUUAUACUCUGAACGAAGAGUGCUACUCUACUCUCAAUCCUGUAAGAGGCAACUACUUGACGGUGAUUUUGGAGAAGCCACAAAAAGUCAUCCGGAUAGAGGUCCUGACAGGUUCUGACAAAAAAGGGCUGUAUUGGCUACGGCAGGGGCAAGUGGAGCUGGGCUAUGAUCCCUUGGAGAAUUCCAGAGGCUGCACCCGCUAUACCCUUCUAGGUCCACUGGUGGAAGGAAAUUUAGACCAGAGGGUAUUUUAUGAAGAAGAUUCUGUGGAGGAGUUGAGUUGUAUACGACUGCUUGUGCUAGCCUCUCAAGAGUCUUGGCUCCUGAUCAGGCAGAUCAAAGUCUGGACUCAGCAUGAGGAAGAGGAGAGUUAUGACAGUGGGAAUUCUGGAAAGGUGGGGUUUGGGAAUGGAAUCAACAUGGCCGACCAGAAAUAAAACCGAAAUUGAUCAAGGCCUGCUCCUUCAGAGUA